AUGGCCGAGCUCGCCGCAAUCGGGCUUGCGAGCAAUCUCCUUCAAUUCGCUGAAUACGGAGUUAAGCUGUUCGUUCUCGCCCGAAGCAUCUACAAGUCCGGUUCAAUCAGUGAGAAUGAAGCCCUGGAGGCCGAAGCUUGGCGACUAGCUAGGCUUGCUGCAGAAAUCCGCAAACUGUGUAAAAAGGAUAAAUUCGCCAUCACAAGAUCCGAACUACGAUCAAUAGCAAGCGAAUGUGAUGAGACUGCCCAAGGUUUGAUUGAAUACCUGAACAAGUUGGAUCUAGGCGUCAAGACGGGCGACAAGGUGUAUAAGAAAGUAUGGACAAGCCUUGCACAGGCACUUCGGCACAUGACACACUCGGGGGAAACCAAAAGCUUUGAGACAAAGCUGGGAAAACUGCAGGCCAAACUUCGUACCUAUCUCGCUGCAGCUGCUGCACGAAAUCAAGUCGAGAUUUUGGACAUUGUUAAGGGUUUAAAGUUCCAGAACGCGAAGCUGGAAACUCAAACCACUGAAAAGCUCGAAGAUAUUGUUCAAAGAAUCGAGUCCACAAAUCUCGACAUGCGAAAGCAGCAGGCAGACGAGUUCAGCACUCAGCUCGCCAGACUUAAGAAGGAAAUCUUUGAUUUCGCAGAAGAGACUAAUCAGGUAGAAAAGAAGCAACGAAUCCUUCAAAGCCUGCGAUUCGUUCAGAUGCGGGAUCGGCAGAACGCAAUUUUGCCGCAUCAUGAAGCCACAUUCAACUGGAUUUUUGAACAUCACAACACGACAUUUCCAAAGUGGCUAGAAUCAGAGGGAGAUAUCUUUUGGAUCCGAGGCAAGCCUGGAAGUGGAAAGUCGACGCUGAUGAAAUUCCUUGCUGGCCACCCGACCACGAAAGCGAAGCUUCAGUGUUGGGGCGGCGAGAAGAAAGUAGUCAUGGCCAGUCACUACUUCUGGAAUGCCGGAAACAGCAUGCAAAAGUCCCAGAGAGGGCUUUUGCAAACACUCUUGUUCGAGGUGCUGAGAGAGCUUCCAGACCUUAUUGAGAUGGUCUGCGGCGAUCGCUGGGAUGCGUCCGAUCAUAUCAUGGCAGAUCCAUGGGAAGAAGCGGAACUGGUGGCAGCAUUCAAUGAACUUGCACUCAAAACUGAGAAUGACCUCCCAACGAAAUUCUGUUUCUUCAUUGAUGGGUUAGAUGAGUAUACGGCUGGGGAGCAACGCUACCACGGCAUGUUCGAUGAGUUGCUUCAGACGCUUUAUAAACUUGUAUCCUUACCGGGCAUCAAGAUCUGUGCGUCAAGUCGACCUUGGGAUGCUUUCGACCUCUCUUUAGGGCCGCGUGUGAUGGAAUGGCGGCUGCAAGUAGAGGACCUGACCAGAGGUGACAUCAAAAAGUAUGUUAAAGAAAACUUGGAGGGUAACAAUGACUACAAAGAACUGGCUGAAGGGGAUAGUCGGUUUUCUCAAAUCGCCAGCAUCGUUGUCAACAGGGCCCAAGGAGUAUUCCUAUGGGUUUAUUUAAUCGUCAGAUCCUUGAUCCGGGGAUUAGCAAAGGCGGACACAUACGAGGAGCUACUAGCAAGACUCAACAAGCUGCCUAGCGACCUGGGAGACUAUUUUAGACACAUGCUUGAGUCCAUCGAGUCUAACUACUGGGAAAAUACGUCCCGCAUUUUCAGAAUCAUGAUUGCUUCCGGGCAAGCUUUGCCACUACUGGCUUUCGAGUUCCUCGAUCGAGAGGAAAAGAACCCGAACUAUGCGCUACAAAUGGACCUCAAGUCAUUCCCAUUGGAAAAGGUAGGUUCCACUUACAAACGCCUGAAAAAGCGUGUUGAAGCCAGAGGAAGAGAUCUGCUGCACAUUUCAGAACACUCAGACAAGAAGUUUUUGCAAUUUCAGGUGGAUUUUCUUCACCGAACGGUUAGAGACUUCUUCCGUGACACCGGAGCCAUGGACCAAACCAUCUUGCUCAGAGAGACCAACGAGUUCAGCCCUCUGGUAUCUCUUUGCAGGAUCAUGCUGGCAUGUGGCAAGGCUCUCCCAUAUCCUGACGAGAUGCCUGUGGAUUGUAACCAAGUCUUCCUUUUCGCUGAUGGACUGAUGUAUUACGCUUGGAGGAUCGAGGACGAAUGCAACACGGACGCGCAUGGGUGA